UUAGGCGUCGAGUUCGAGGCUCCAAGCGGCCCGAUGCGCGGGGCCGCUCGGCCGAGGACUGGUGGUGGGACCGGCUGGCCCCUCGCGGCUCUGGGUACCACCUGCUGCAAGCGGACAGCAUGCUGCUCGUGCUGCCGGACCUGGAGCCUACCCGCGCUCGUGCUCACAGGCGCGCCCCUCGCCGCGCUCCGAGGUCACUGGCUCGUGGCCCCACAGCUGUCGCCAAGCCCAGGGCCAAACCCCGACCAGAGCCAUCACUUGACCAGGGCCUGGACUCUGGUUGGGGAGAUCGUAUUCCCUUAGAAGUCCUGGUGCAUAUUUUCGGGUUGUUGGUUGCGGCUCAUGGGCCCAUGCCGUUUCUUGGCAGGUACACUAACAGCGCCUGCCGGGGUUUAGACUGGCCCACUGAGCGGGUGGUGCAGAGCAGAGGGCAAAGCAUCUCAGCGGGCGUACACAAGUGCUCCAGCUCCAAUAGCUUUGAGAGCGGGCGACAGCAGGCUUUGAGACCGCUGCGCUGCCCCGAAGACGCUUCGUUGUAAGCAUUCCCCACAAAAGGCCACGCACUCUCAGCGAACUGUUUCUUCUCCUAGGGCUGCACGCGUUUGCCGUCAUUGGCAUGAAGCCACCUCUCAUCCUUCACUCUGGCAUACUGUGACCCUGUCACCGGCGCUGGUUGGCCGGGCUGCUAAGGGCAACCUUAAGGGAGAGAAGAAGCUCCUUGCUUGCCUGGAGUGGCUCAUACCCAAUCGCUGGUUAGCAAGUUCUGUCCACGGCUCACCUUCCUGAAGCUUUCAGAUUGCCACGGUGUGACAGCUGAAACGCUGGUCAUGUUAGCAAAAGCCUGCUGUCAGCUCCACAGCCUAGAUCUACACCAUUCCAUGGUCGAGUCCACAGCUGUGGUGAGCUUCUUGGAGGAGGCGGGGUCCCGGAUGCGGAGGCUGUGGCUGACCUACAGUUCCCAGACCACAGCCAUCUUGGGUGCACUGCUGGGCAACUGCUGCUCCCAGCUCCAAGUCCUCGAGGUCAGCGCUGGCAUGAGCUGCAACAACACACCCUUGCAGCUGCCUGUGGAAGCCCUACAGAGAGGCUGCCCCCAGCUGCAGGUGCUACGGCUGCUGAAUCUGAUUUGGCUUCCCAAGCCUUGUGGCCGAGGAGCGCCCCAGGGACCAGGAUUCCCCAGUCUGGAGGAGCUCUGCUUGGCUGGCUCCACCUGCAGCUUUGUGAGCAAUGAGGUUCUGGGCCGCUUGCUCCACUGCUCCCCCAAACUGCGCCUGCUGGAUCUUCGAGGCUGUGCUAGAAUCACUCCUACUGGGCUGUGUCAUUUGCCGUGUCAAGAGUUGGAGCAGCUCUACCUGGGCCUGUAUGGCAUGUCUGAUGGGUUGGCUCUAGCCAAGGAUGGCAGCCCCCUGUUGACCCAGAAGUGGUAUCACACCCUGAGGGAGCUGGACUUCAGUGGCCAAGGCUUCAGCGAGAAAGACUUGGAACAGGCCCUGGCUGUUUUCUCAGGCACCACUGAGGGCUUACCCCCAGCCUUGUGUUCCCUCAACCUAAGGGGUACCCGAGUUACACCAAGCACAGUCAGUUCUGUGAUUAGCAGUUGCCCGGGGCUGCUGUAUCUCAAUCUGGAGUCCUGUCGUUGUCUCCCACGAGGUCUGAAGCGUGCCUACAGGGGCCUGGAGGAAGUCCAGUGGUGUCUAGAGCAGCUACUUACGAGCCCGCCCUCUUCCAGAGAGUCCACAUAACUCAAGACGGCUCCCCGCUUUGCCCUGCCCUUUUUCACUUGGAGAUGUUUGAGCUUUUGUUACAGUAAAGUAUUUUUUAGGCA